UCCAACCGCGGGCCUAUUUCCGCAACUUUCCGGAGUGCUUUCCCUUUUAUCGUAUUCUUCGGAAAUUUUAAACCUCAUUCUAAACAAAAAGUGUUUCUUUUAUUUCAAAACAUCUUUGAAAUGUUUUUUUUUUUCUCGAGAAUUUCAAGCUUCAUUUUAACGAAGUAUGAUGGAAAUUAAAAAUCAUUUUGUUUAGGUCAGUGGAGUGCUAAUCCUAAGACUUAAACUACUCCUCAAUGAGAUGUGUUUUGAUAUUCCACGACGUGAAACCGGCGCGACUUUGAGAAGAAGAAUGCUUUUCGCUUUAACUGGGCCAGGAAAACAUUUCAAUGUAUUAGUGUUAACGCUCUUUUCAUCAUUUCUGAGAUCACGCUUAGUUAAUUUUUAAUUACAGAUUCUUUGGAUGACUACUAAGGUCUAAGGUAGCAUCGUCUGGUUAAUUCCAACAUCAUAAGUUCCUGGGACUGCUCCCAUUUUCAUCAGAUCAACGAUCUUCAUUUCCCAGCAAAUCAACUUCCGUUUGUUUGGUCUCCCAGAGAACCAAUGAGAGGUCGUGAAACAAGAUGUUUUGUGCCCAGAACGAGGCCAGAGUUUUUCACGUUUAUGAGUUCUUAGAUUUUCGUUUACUAGAACUCAUAUAUCUUCGUUUAGAAAUUCAAAUAAGCGAGAACCAUUUUUAAAAUCCUAACAUUGAUCCUAAUAAUACCAAAAUUCAAAAUGGGAUUUGUUUACAGAAUAAUACGCUGUGGAGCUAAGAUUCGACUGAAGAAAUUUAUGACGUCAAUGUUAUUCAUGACUUUAAUGAAGUCAUGUGAAUGUGCAAGUCAUGUUAACGACAGCCUCGUUGUGGAUGAAAUUAGUUUCGAGGUCAUUUACGAAACAGUGAACUCUGACCUUGACGCACGAAAACUUUCGGUAAACACAUCCGGCCUAACCAGCGAUGGGCCUUUCUUGAUCACUUCACUUCCGGUGGUCAGUUCUCCUUGUGAGGGGAUCAACGCGUCUGCUUCAACGGAUAAUUCUACCACAUGGCCAGCCGCCCCCAUCCGAUACUCAGUUCUGUUUGCCUCCGUGGCCGCCACACUCAGCGCCAUCAUCUUCGUCUUCGGUCUGUUGGGGAAUAUCCUGGUGGUCAUCGUCAUCGCCAGGACCAGGAGCAUGCACACCACCACCAACUGCUACCUGCUGAGCCUGGCCGUGGCGGACAGUCUGGUCCUUCUCUCGGCCACCUUGCCCAGCAUCCCCGAGCCCUUUUUCCGGGUGGACGAGUGGCCCUAUGGGCGGACCAUGUGCCCCAUCUUGGUCUUCAUCCAGUAUCUUGGCGUGGACAGCUCAUCUCUAUCUAUCACAGCCCUGACCAUCGAGCGUUACAUCGCCAUAUGCCACCCAAUGAAGGCUCAGACCACCUGUACGGUCAGCAGGGCUAAGAAGAUCAUCGUCAUCCUAUGGGUGUUCACUCUCUUGUACUGCUCGCCUUGGCUAGGUCUUACAGUUAUUAAAAGGAAACCCGUGGGAGAGAACGAGUUCAUGGACGUGUGUAACUUCCGGUUGGCAAGGUCAUCCUAUGUUGUCCUCUACAUGAUAGACCUCAUUGUCUUCUACGUUAUUCCACUCCUCAUCGCCACUGUUCUCUACCUCCUCAUCUGGAGGAUCCUCUACCUCAGCAGGGCAAUGAGGAAAAACGACAACUCAAAGGAGAGAAGGUCGCCAAAGAGGCGGGCGGAUUCACGAGUCCAAGUGGUCCGCAUGUUGGUCGUGGUGGUAGUCACCUUCGCCUCGCUGUGGAUGCCCUACAGGGUGAUGGUGGUCUACAACAGCUUCGCCAGCACGCCCUACCACGACAUGUGGUUCCUGCUGUUCGCCAGGACCAUGAUCUACGUCAACUGUGCCAUCAACCCUGUCCUGUACAACAUCUUGUCAGACAAGUUCAAGCGGGCUUUUAGAAAUCUGUUGAACUGCUGUAAGUAUGACAUUACUCCUGUCCUGUACAAUAUCUUGUCAGACAAGUUUAAGCGGGCUUUUAGAAAUCUGUUGAACUGCUGUAAGUAUGACAUUGUGGGUGUUAUACACUCCUGUCCUGUACAAUAUCUUGUCAGACAAGUUCAAGCGGGCUUUUAG